AUGAAAGUGCUAACGAGAGAAGGUUGCAUUACUGAGCGGUAUAUAGCUGAAGAAGCUGUAGAAUUAUGCACUGAGCAUUUACCUGAUGUUAGUACAGUUCGAGUGUCAUCAAGCCAGAAUAUGGGACUUUCAAAGCCAUUAUCAAGUUACACAGUUCUAAGUGAACUUAAUGGGGAAGACAUGGCUUAUCAGAAAUUUGAGGUGGCUAGCUCCAAGUAUGGCAGUGCCAUCAUAUAG